CUCCAGCCAUUGGUGUCUGUGUCAUUACUAAUAGAGUCCUGUAAACACUCGUUAAUCACGUAAGGCCGCCGGCUUGGGAUCCGCACGCCAGCCCGUGGCGGGUCUUCCCCGCCUCUGCAGCCCAGUGGGAAGGAGGUGGGAGGAAAGAAGGAAGAGAGGGAGGGAGGAAGGGAGGAGGCAGGCCAGAAGGAGGGACCGCCUUAGAGGCAGACGCGCCGCGAGGAGCCGGCGGAGCACCGCCGGCUGGGGCUCAGCCACCCGCCGCUCUUCGCGCCCCCUUGCCCUACCCCUUCGCGCCCACCCGGCAGUUCCCAGCGUCCGUUCCCAGGCAGCAUGGUGAGGUUUGCUGUCGGACCCACGCCACCAUGUACGUGAGCUACCUACUGGACAAGGACGUGAGCAUGUACCCAAGCUCCGUGCGCCACUCCGGCGGGCUCAACCUGGCGCCGCAGAACUUCGUCAGCCCCCCACAGUACCCGGACUAUGGCGGCUAUCAUGUGGCUGCUGCGGCAGCCGCGGCCGCGAACUUGGACAGCGCGCAGUCCCCGGGGCCAUCCUGGCCGGCUGCAUACGGCGCCCCGCUCCGGGAGGACUGGAACGGUUACGCUCCGGGGGGCGCAGCUGCGGCCGCCAAUGCCGUGGCUCACGGGCUCAACGGGGGUUCCCCCGCCACAGCCAUGGGCUACAGCAGCCCAGCCGAUUACCACCCGCACCACCACCCGCACCACCACCCGCACCACCCAGCCGCCGCGCCUUCCUGUGCCUCGGGCUUGCUGCAGACGCUCAACCCCGGCCCUCCCGGGCCCGCUGCCACCGCGGCCGCUGAGCAACUGUCCCCCGGCGGCCAGCGGCGGAACCUGUGCGAAUGGAUGAGGAAACCCGCGCAGCAGUCCCUCGGAAGCCAAGUGAAAACCAGGACAAAAGACAAAUACCGAGUGGUGUACACGGACCACCAGCGGCUAGAACUGGAGAAGGAGUUUCACUAUAGUCGCUAUAUCACCAUCCGGAGGAAAGCUGAACUGGCCGCCACGCUGGGGCUCUCGGAGAGGCAGGUUAAAAUUUGGUUUCAGAACCGCAGAGCGAAGGAAAGGAAAAUCAACAAGAAGAAAUUGCAGCAGCAGCAGCAGCAGCAACAGCAGCAGCAACAGCCCCCACCGCCCCCACCUCAGCCUCCGCAGCCACAGCCAGGCCCUCUGAGAAGCUUACCAGAGCCCCUGAGUCCCGUGUCUUCCCUGCAAGGCUCAGUGCCUGGCUCCGUCCCUGGGGUUCUGGGACCAGCUGGGGGGGUGUUAAACCCCACUGUCACCCAGUGACCUAUAGUGUCUACAGCAGCAGAGCAACUCCAGGCUGAGCUAUGAAGAGCAUGGACUCUGCUAGAAUCCUCAGGAGAGAC